AUGCACCUUGCACUGCUGCCGCGUGCUGGUGCAAUUUCUUCACCAUGGCGGAUGGCGUUGACGCUGGCUGUCUCGCUGGGCGCCAUCCGCAUGGUCCAGACAGUUGUAGAAGGUGCAGAUGCUGUAAGUGGUGCUACCACCGGACUGCCCCCGUUUCAACUUCGGGUUCGCCUGCUUUGGAUUCGGCAUGGACUGAGCUGCGCCAACAUACUCAAUGCCUGCGCAGUGGGAGCGGGUGCCAAGGAUGUAGAGGAGUUGAUGCCUGAGUUGGAAGCUGCUUUGCAUGCCCUGCAACUCGGAUGCAAAAACGCUGAUUCUCGUGGUUGGGAUCUGGAUAGGCCCAACUACACCUGGCCUGCAGGGGAGCAAUGCCGCCUUGAGAAAAACUAUGGCCUCCAACCAAGACCUCCAGAGGGCAAAGACUGCACUGUGGAGGUCCUUCAAGCAGAUUCUCAGAGAUUUGUGACAAAGCUUCACCAUCUUCUGCUGGAUCCAUUGCUGACAGAUUGUUCAAAGCGACAGUCUGAAGAGGCCGGUCAAGCAUUGCUUCACUUCUUGUCCAAACAUGGAAUGCGAUUGCAUUUGAUCGCUUCUAGCACGCUCCUACGUGCUAUUCAGACAGCUUACCACAUGUUUGUGGCACCAUGUGUUGAUGGCGGAUCGAGCUGUUCUGUCCUGGCCACAAAUUUGACUGUGAUGCCGGUACCUUUUGUAGCGGAGCGCUGCAAGAGCAAGCAGCCAUUGCAGGCAGACAACUUUGCAGCUCCCCUGCCGUUGCAAAAGGAGCUCUUAGCACAGUACUUGAAGUUCGUGCAAUUGGAACGCUUCCAGGAUUGGCCACGUUUGGAGCAGCAGUUCACAAAGUUCAAGGCCUUUCUCGCCCUACUACUGCUUCCUUCUCUUCGCAUUGCAGAAACAGAGCAGCUGGAGAGCCUUCCAGCCACUUUGUUGCACUCGCUGUUGGAGGAUCCCUCUGCCACUUCCUUCUCCAAGCUAAAUUGGCCUGGUGGAAGCUAUCGUGAGGGGCCGAGCUUCAAGCGAAUGGAAUACGAUGCUAUGGAGGCGCCUGAGGUGGUUGUAGCGCUGCUGGGCCAUGGAGGGAUGAUUUCCAAGUUUUGCCACUUGGAAGCAUCGCCACAGAACAAUGAGGUGCUUGAGAAGUUGUUCAUCAUUGAAACCCCGACAGCUGGCAGCACCAUCAUGCGGGAGCUGACAGGGCAGGAAAGUUCUUCUGCCCAGCUCAAUCGAUAUCGCGAGCUCCUACUGUGUCCCACCUUGAUGACUGCACCCCAACCAGAGUUGCACCAUUUGAGUAGGGCUGAUGCAAAGGAAGGCCAAUGCAAAGCCUCCCAAAGCUCUUACCACUUUCCCUUCGACUCGUUUGACGCUGUGACGCUUGUGGCCUGUGGCAGCACUGUCUUUGGCGUGGCUGUGCGACAAUUGAUGUCAGUAACUCUCUACGCAGUAGAUCCAAGUGAACCCUUGGCUGGCGAUAAGUUGCAUGAGCUGGUGGAUGUGAAUGCUAUGUUAGCCAUGGCCUUCUCGGGCACGGCCACAUCCUUGGCGGGCGCGGCCUUGUCGGCAAGACUGGGUCAGCACCGCAUUUGGCGGCUAAAUGGAUUGUUUAUGUGUGCGGUUGGUGCCUUCCUGCAGUGGAGAGAUCGCUUGGUCAGGGAGCAUGGCCUUCAUCGCGAUGAAGACCAGGAGCUGCUGGAGACAGCCUCCGCUGUAGUGGUCACACCUGAUGGCCACGUCUCCACAGAUGUGCCAGAAGUGCUCGAUGUAGCAGGACCGACCUUGGGUCCGGGUAACCUCCCACGAACUGAGCACGAGGUGGCCAGGUUGCAGCUGGAGUACACCAGCACACAGUUUGAGAAGUUGCCAAGAUUUAUUGCCUUCGGUGCUGCCUCUGGAGCCUUGUUGGGUUUCUUUGGCGUGGGGCCCGCCUGGGUGAUCGCCCCAUUGGUGACCCGCACCUCUCCAGAGUGGCAGCAGAUUGUUGAACUCGCAGGCAACGAGUCUGGAGAUGAUGCACAGCCGGCUGGGCCAGCAAGACCUGAUGAGGGAGGGCCCCUGUCUGUGGUGAGCGAUCUCAUUGGCAGCACUGGUUGUGAUGAGCGGACGCGCAGGACCUGCGCGUUGGCAACGGUGAUUCCUUGCAUCGCUGCUGCCUGGCGGCACUGGAACCUGGGCCAUGUGGCGGAUCCAAAGGCAGUGGCUUUUCCAUUGGCAGCAGGUGCCGUGUUCGGAAGCAUCGGAGCUGGGCAGUUCUUAGGAGACAUACCGCCAGACAGAGAAACUCGCUUGGGGCUUUCGGCGGUAAUCUUCGCCUAUGGCGCAUGGUCUUUCUUGGCCCCACGAUGA